UUACUGUCCAAUCAGAUAGCUCCAUGUAAUACUCUGAGUUCAGAGUGUAAAGGUUGGGACGAGAAAAAAUGGCAGCCGGCAAAACGAAGUGUUGGCAGUGAGAGAAAUGGCAUAUCCCCCGGUAGCUUAGUGUGUGUCUGUCGGUCUAAGAUUUGGAAUGCGACAGUGUAACUAGUUACGAUUAAUAUAUUGAAUCGUGGAUCUUAUUUGAAGGACUGCAUUAUGGCACUAGUAUACGAGUUCAUCUGGCGGGUUCUGCAUGCCCUUCUCCACCUCCAAAGAACGCUAGUCACUUGGUUCCGAAGCCAUCUCUGGAAGUGGAAUGGACGGCUAUGGAAAAGGGCUGUGGCCGCACUACUUGUUCCCAUGGCACUGGGUUUCACGAACCACAAAAAAAUAGCCCCGACGACUGGCAAACGUGUUGGUCGCCGUUUUCGCUUUGGCGCGGAUGGGAAAGCGCUAGAGAAGCUACCUCUACAUAUAGGCUUGCUGAUAGCCGAGGAGGACCCGCGGUAUUUGGACAUUGCUAACCUUGUCGUCUGGUGCAUGGCAGUGGGGAUAUCAUAUGUUAGCGUGUACGAUAAUCAAGGUGUGUUCAAGAGGAAUAACUCCCGGCUGAUGGAGGAGAUCCUAAAACAGCAGCAAGAGCAGCUUGGGGCAGAUGGCUCCAAAUACUCUGUUGAGUUUUUAAGUAAUGGCAGCAACAAACAAGACCAUCAAGCCUUGUCGUGCCAGGCAGUGGUGAAGGUGCUGUCGCCUGACGAUGGCCGGCAAGGCAUCGUGGAGGCGGCUCAGAAGCUGUGCCGGGCGGUGGAGCAAAGGGAGCGCGCCAUCAAAGACAUCGACGUCAAUGUACUCGACUCACUACUCAGAGAGUCCAAGAACACACCAGACCCAGACCUGUUGCUGAAGUUUGGAUCGGUGCAAAGCACCCUGGGAUUCCUGCCCUGGCACAUCAGACUCACAGAGUUAAUCUCCUUGCCCACCCACGUAAACAUCUCAUAUGAGGACUUACUGGGCGCCCUACAGAGCUUUGCCUCCUGCGAGCAGAGGUUUGGCAAAUGAACACCCCACCACCCCUGCACAGUACGUGGGGAGAACUGGGGAAUCAUAGCGCAGGAGCAGCGGAGGACCGCGCAGGAAGGGAUGAGAGCGAGUGAGAGAGGAGAGAGGAGAGAGGGGAGAAGGAGAGGCCUUGGCUAUAUGUUUCCAACCCCAUCUUCUUUUUGUCACAGUUUACAGCGGGAGCACAAGAAAUCCAGCGUUAGCCUCCAACCCCUCCCUCCCUAACCCUGUUCACUCACUCACUCACUCACACAGACUCCUCCAUGCUCUCUUUGGCCCUCUGUGCCAGGGUUCCUGGGCACCUCCGUCUCUCUCUCUCUCUCUCUCUCUCUCUCUCUCUCUCUCUGUGUGUGUGUGUGUGUGUGUGUGUGUGUGUGUGUGUGUGUGUGUGUGUGUGUGUGUGUGUGUGUGUGUGUGUGUGUGUGUGUGUGUUGGUCGGUCCUCUGUCAGUCCCUCGGGCUCCCCCUGCACAGGCUUCUGCAUGGUGAACAUGCUCUUGCCCACAGGAGAGCCCCCUCCGACCCCAACCCAACCCCCACCUUUGCUGUCCUGCGAAACUAAGUGAGUCUUAAGGGUGAGGAACUCAAGCCCUCGUCAUUGAAGGAACGCUGUUGGCAGUCGUGGUUAAAAUCUGCUGUCUAAAACGCCUUCUCUGUAUUCUUUUGGAGUCGCCCUCAAAAUUCGCUCUCAGCCCCAGGAGAGAAGAAUAGAACUCUGGACGACACAUGCUGCUUUGAAUAGACUUCUCUCUCUCGUCUCUCUCUCUCUCUCUCUCUCUUUUUUUUGUCUUUUUUUGUGGACCUGAGGCUAGUGGGAUCUCCCUGAGAGAAGUAAGCAGGAGCAGUGAUGUGACCACGAGGACGGAGACGCAAAGAAACUCAAAGUGCUUCAGAGGCAGCAGCAGCAGCAGCAGCAGCAGCAGCAACAGUAUCCGUAUCAGUAUCAAUGUGCACCAGCCCUGCAUAGGUGAAUGGGAACUAUGUGACUGAAAAAUAAAUAUUGCUAAAGCGCUAUUCUAAUCAAGUACUCUGGGGUUUUACAUUUGUGGUCUGUGUGUGGGGCUGUGGAUAUCACACUAAUCUUGCCGUACUCCCAGGGUUGUAAAUGUGCAACAUCUGAAAUUAUAAUGCUGAGCUAGUCACCAGAUUUCCUACUCGUAAUCUCUCCCCUCUCUUCCUUUCUCUCUAUCUCUCUCCCUCUCUUUCUCUCUCUCUCCCCCGCUUUUUCUCUCGCUCUUGAUUGCUGUAGCUGUCUCUGUGUGUUAUGUCUCCUGUGGCUCUGCAUUGAUCUGUCGUUCUGUCAUUAUUUUCCGUCCAGCAAUCUAAAAGGAAAUGUUCUUGUGUCCAUCAUUGUGAUUGUAUGCUAAGGUUUGCAGAUCUGUCAGCAGUUUUCUCCCUCUUGCCAGCAGGUUGUAAUGUAACUGAAGGAGCCGUCUCUGGCCCCCUUAUAAUUCAAGUUGGACUAAAGAAACCAUGCCUCUGCUGUAGAGGUUACACCACACUGCUGCCGUUGGGCUCCUGUGCAGUAGGCUAAUCUAAGAAUGUGCUGGUUAACAUGGCACUGGGAAAAAGUAAGCCGUUUCAGUUUGGUGUUUGUCAGUGUGAAAGAACCGUUCAUGAAACAAUAAAAAAACGUUACUGAAAGUCA